AUGACCAACAAGCGAGAUCUUUCUGCACUCGACCCGCCUGUCGAUACAGAGAGACAGGGCAAACGUCGUCAUGUCACUGCCGACUCUUCAGACCGGAAGCUCGAAUUGGCAUUUCCAUCAACUUCACAAACUUCACAGAGUAAACCUGUGCCGUUCCAGCAGCCUGUGUCGCUCAUUACGUUCUCUUAUACGCCUUCACGCAAACUUGAAUUCAACAACUCUGCGCUAAGAUACUAUGUUAACCCGCCCCGUAACGCUAAUUUGCGGCACGGGUACGAAAGGUGGAUCAAGCGACCAGAAGAGAAAGGCAGGAUUGAUGGAUUGCUUCGGGCUACAUCAAAGUUACGAAAUGAUAUGAACGCAGGAGCAAGUAAAGGCGUUGAUUGGAUACGAAGCAUUGGCGUCGUAUCAUGGAGGGGAGUCAUGACCAAAAUUCUCACGGCGCCGUAUGAAGAUCGUGAUAGUUGGGAGAUGAAUGUCAUGGCGAUUGACGGUACAAUGUAUUUUGAGGAACAUCUGUCUGACGCCAAACUAGUGGAGAAGGAAGAUAUGGCGCCGCAUCACCGCCUACAAUCUUACUACGGUUAUUCCUUUGAGUCUUGGUGUGGCUCUUCAAAACCAGAAAUGCCGGAGAAUCUGGAAGGCCAGCCUCCUGGGUGGGGCGGCGACGUCGAUACCAACGUGCAAUGGUGCAGUGUCGUAAAAACCAAACUGGGCGACACUCGAAUGGUUAUCGGGGGUGAAGUUGACUGUGUGCGCAAUGCAUUCACGGGACAGACCAGUGAUUUUGUAGAGCUUAAGACGUCCAUUGCAAUCCGUGGACCCCAGGAUGAAGCUAGGUUCGAAAAAAAGCUGCUCAAAUUCUAUUUUCAGUCUUUCCUUCUGGGUGUGCCCGAGAUCAUAGUGGGCUUUCGGACACCUUCGGGACAACUCAAUACGAUCCAGCUAUUUAAAACAGCGCAGAUCCCUCGCAUGGUCCGAGGAAAACCCAACGCAUGGGAUCCCACUACAUGUUUCGCCUGGGGCCAACAAUUUUUCGCCUUCCUCAAAUCUGUUAUCCACCCGAGUGCUGAGCCUAUCGCCGAGCAGCAGGGCAAUGUCACUUCGGCAUUGCGACCUCAGGUCUGGCGCGUGAAAUUUGAGCCCCGGGUUGGUGUUAGUGUAUCUCUUUUGGGCGACGCAGGUGUAAGCGAGAUCCAAGCUGGCGAAGAUCGAGUCGGAUUUCUCCCGAGAUGGUACUGGGACGAAGUUCAAACCUACUCAGGGCAGAUAAGUGUAACUACCCAAGCUUUUGACCCCACCCACGGCAAGGGAGAAGCCCCGGGCACCUCAAGUGCUCAGGGUAUGUCUCGUGAAUGGCAGAUUUGA